GAGCGGCGCGGCGCGGGUGACACACCAUGAGCGCGGCCCCUGGAGACCAACGUGCUGGCGAGCAGCACUCCCUGACUCCCCGAUCCGCCUCGGCCGCCUCGGUAGCGCUCGGAGCCCGUCGCAGGAGUUGAGCCGCCGGGCGCCCCGAGUUUUGGCGAGGAGCGCGCGGAGCGCUGACCGUGCGCUAGCUUUCGGGGGUCGGGCGGCCGGCGGGAUCGGCGCCGGAGGGGCGUUUUCGUGGCGUGGAGGAGAAGGAGAUGCUGCUCCUCUUCUCCCCCUCACCAGGCUCCUUCUCCAGCUCCUUUGGCCCACGCCCGCAGCCGCUUGGGGGAGAAGAGGUGGUGGCUCUCGGCGCCCGCGGCACCAGCCGGCGGCCCGCCCCGACGCCGUGUCCCUGCAGCCCCUGCCCAGCGCCCCAGUAGCAGGACCGGGUCUCGGGACCAGCGGGCAGAAGGGAAGUGCUACCGAUUGGAUCUAUAUACAACAAAUGAAUACUGGAAAUUUUAACUACUUUGGUAAUAUGCACGUGUCACUAGCUGAGGCCCUGGAGGUUCGGGGUGGACCACUGCAGGAGGAAGAAAUAUGGGCUGUAUUAAAUCAAAGUGCUGAAAGUCUCCAAGAACUAUUUAGAAAAGUAAGCAUUGCCGAUCCUGCUGCUCUUGGCUUCAUCAUUUCUCCAUGGUCUCUCCUGUUGCUGCCGUCGGGUAGUGUAUCAUUUACAGAUGAAAAUAUUUCCAAUCAGGAUCUUCGCGCAUUCACUGCACCUGAAGUUCUUCAAAAUCAAUCACUAACUUCUCUCUCAGAUGUUGAAAAGAUCCACAUUUAUUCUCUGGGAAUGACAUUGUAUUGGGGUGCUGAUCAUGAAGUACCUCAGAGCCAACCAAUCAAACUUGGAGAUCAUCUCAACAGCAUACUGCUUGGAAUGUGUGAGGAUGUUGUUUAUGCUCGGGUUUCUGUCCGGACUCUCCUGGAUGCUUGCAGUGCCCACAUUAGGAAUAGCAAUUGCGCACCUUCAUUUUCCUAUGUGAAACAGCUGGUGAAACUGGUUCUGGGAAAUAUUUCUGGGACAGAUCAGCUCUCCCGUAACAAUGAACAGAAGUCUGAUCGAAGCCAGGCUAUUCGAGACCGAUUGAGAGGAAAAGGAUUACCAACAGGAAGAAGCUCUACUUCUGAUGUACUAGACAUACACAAGUCUCCAUUCUCUCAUCAGACCUUUCUUAACAAAGGGCUUAGUAAAUCUAUGGGAUUUCUGUCCAUCAGAGACACACAAGAUGAGGAAGAUUAUUUCAAGGACAUUUCAUCAGACAAUAAUUCAGGAAAUGAAGAUUCUGAAAAUAUCUGCUCCCCUUACCAGUUCAAAACUAGUGACCCAGAAAAAAAAGUUCUCCCUGGCAGUGAUGUGAUUCCCAAAAAGAAGAUUUGGGCUUCAUCCUUGGACUUGCUUUGCACAGCUGACAGAGACUUCUCUUCUGGUGAGACCAGCAGAUACACGCACUGUCUUUCUGGGGCAGUAUCAGUGAGGACUUCUACUACUCCUAGAAAAAAAGAGGCAAGAUACUCAGAUGGAAGCAUUGCCUUGGACAUCUUUGGCCCUCAGAAAACAGAUUCAGUGCUUCACACACGAGAAUUACCCACCUCCUCAGCAAUAUCAAGUGCUUUGGACCGAAUCCGAGAGAGACAAAAGAAACUUCAGGUUCUGAGAGAAGCCAUGAAUGUGGAAGAACCAAUUCGAAGGUAUAAAACUUACCACAGUGAUAUCUUUAGUAUCUCGAGUGAAAGUCCAUCUGUUAUUUCUUCCGAAUCAGAUUUCAGACAAGUAAGAAAGAGUGAAGCUUCAAAGAGGUUUGAAUCCUGCAGUGGUCUCCCAGGGGUAGAUGAAAUCCCAGGUCAAGGCCAGUCACAGAGACCAAGCAGACAAUAUGAAACUCCUCUUGAAAGUAACUUAAUUAAUCAAGAAAUAAUGUUAAAACGUCAAGAGGAAGAAAUGAUGCAGCUGCAAGCCAGGAUGGCUCUUCGACAAUCCCGGUUAAGCCUGUAUCCAGGAGACACAAUCAAGGCUUCCAUGCUUGACAUCACCAGGGAUCCUUUAAGAGAAAUGGCUCUAGAAACAGCUAUGACCCAAAGAAAACUGAGGAAUUUCUUUGGUCCUGAGUUUGUGAAAAUGACGAUUGAACCAUUUAUAUCUUUGGAUUUGCCACGAUCUAUCCUUACCAAGAAAGGGAAAAAUGAGGAUAUCCGAAGAAAAGUAAGCAUAAUGCUUCUGAGUGGGCAGAGACUGGAGCUGACCUGUGAUACCAAAACUAUUUGCAAAGAUGUGUUUGAUAUGGUGGUAGCCCAUGUUGGCUUAGUGGAACACCAUUUGUUUGCUUUAGCUACCCUCAAAGAUAAUGAAUAUUUCUUUGUUGAGCCUGAUUUGAAAUUAACCAAAGUGGCCCCAGAGGGAUGGAAGGAAGAACCAAAGAAAAAGGGCAAAGCCACUGUUCAGUUUACUUUGUUUUUCCGAAUAAAAUUUUUCAUGGAUGAUGUUAGUCUAAUACAACAUACUCUGACUUGUCAUCAGUACUAUCUUCAGCUGCGAAAAGAUAUCUUGGAGGAGAGGAUGCACUGUGAUGAUGAGACGUGUUUAUUGCUGGCAUCACUGGCUCUCCAGGCUGAGUAUGGAGAUUAUCAACCAGAUGUUCAUGGUGUAUCUUACUUUAGACUGGAGCAUUAUUUGCCUCCCAGAGUGAUGGAGAAACUUGAUUUAUCCUAUAUUAAGGAAGAACUGCCCAAAUUGCAUAAUACCUAUGUGGGAGCUUCUGAAAAAGAAACAGAGUUAGAAUUUUUAAAGGUCUGCCAAAGACUGACAGAAUAUGGAGUUCAUUUUCAUCGGGUGCACCCUGAGAAAAAGUCACAAACUGGAAUAUUACUUGGAAUCUGUUCCAAGGGUGUCCUUGUGUUUGAGGUUCAUAACGGAGUUCGCACAUUGGUCCUUCGCUUUCCAUGGAGGGAAACUAAGAAGAUUUCUUUUUCUAAAAAGAAAAUCACAUUGCAAAAUACAUCAGAUGGAAUAAAACAUGCCUUCCAGACAGACAACAGUAAGGUAUGUCAGUACCUGCUGCAUCUCUGCUCUUCUCAACACAAGUUCCAGCUGCAGAUGAGAGCAAGGCAGAGCAACCAGGAUGCCCAAGACAUUGAGAGAGCUUCGUUUAGGAGCCUGAAUCUGCAAGCAGAGUCUGUUAGAGGAUUUAAUAUGGGACGAGCAAUCAGCACUGGCAGUCUGGCCAGCAGCACCCUGAACAAACUGGCUGUCCGACCUUUGUCAGUUCAAGCUGAGAUUCUGAAGAGGCUAUCCUGCUCAGAGCUAUCGCUUUACCAACCAUUGCAAAACAGUGCAAAAGAGAAGAGAGACAAAGCUUCAUGGGAGGAAAGGCCUAGAGGGAUGAGUAAAUCAUACCACGAUCUCAGUCAGGCCUCUCUCUAUCCUCAUCGGAAAAAUGUCAUUGUUAACAUGGACUCCCCAUCACAAACCAUUGCGGAAUUGAUAGGAAAACCAUUUCACCAGAUGGCAAGAUCUGAUACAGAAUCUUUGGCAGGAUUCACAAAACUCAAUAAUUCAAAGUCUGUUGCAAGUUUAAAUAGAAGUCCUGAAAGGAGGAAACAUGAAUCAGACUCCUCAUCCUUUGAAGACCCUGGUCAAGCAUAUGUUGUAGGAAUGACUUUGCAUAGUUCUGGAAACUCUUCAUCCCAAGUACCCUUAAAAGAAAAUGAUGUGUUACACAAAAGAUGGAGCGUAGUGUCUUCACCAGAAAGGGAGAUCACCUUGGUGAACCUGAAAAAAGAUGCAAAAUAUGGCUUAGGAUUUCAAAUUAUUGGUGGUGAGAAGAUGGGAAGACUGGAUCUAGGCAUAUUUAUUAGUUCAAUUAUUCCCGGAGGACCAGCUGACUUGGAUGGAUGUUUAAAACCAGGAGACCGCUUGAUAUCAGUGAAUAGCGUGAGUCUGGAAGGGGUCAGCCACCAUGCUGCAAUUGAGAUCCUGCAAAAUGCACCCGAAGAUGUGACUCUUGUUAUCUCUCAGCCAAAAGAAAAUAUAUCCAAAGGGCCUUCUACUCCAGUGCACAUUGCCAAUGGCAUGAAAAACUACUUGAAGAAAGCUUCCUAUAUGCAAGACAGUGCUAUAGAUUCUUCUGAAGAUCACCAUUGGCCACGUGGCACCCCAAGGCACAUCUCAGAGAGCUCCUUUGGAUUACCUGGUGGCCUGCGGGAAGGAAGCUUGAGUUCUCAAGAUUCUAGGACUGAGAGUGCCAGCUUGUCCCAGAGCCAGGUCAAUGGUUUCUUUGCCAGCCAUCUUGGGGAACGAAGCUGGCAGGAAUCACAGCAUGGCAGUCCUACAUCAUCUGUAAUAUCCAAGUCCACUGAAAGGAAAAGGACUUCUAUUGACAGUAAUCUAAGCAAAGUUAAAAAGUCUGGCAUUUCUGAUGCAAUGGAUUACUCUGACCGUGGAGAUUCAGACAUGGAUGAAGCCACUUAUUCCAACAGUCAGGAUCAUCAAACACCAAAAAAGGAAUCUACCUCCUCAAUGAAUACAUCCAACAAAAUGAAUUUUAAAACUUUUACUUCAUCACCUCCAAAACCUGGAGAUAUCUUUGAGGUUGAACUGGCUAAAAAUGAUAACAGCUUGGGAAUAAGUGUCACGGGAGGUGUGAAUACCAGUGUUAGACAUGGUGGCAUUUAUGUGAAAGCUGUUAUUCCCAAGGGAGCAGCAGAAUCUGAUGGUAGAAUUCACAAAGGUGAUCGUGUCCUAGCUGUCAAUGGAGUUAGUCUGGAAGGAGCUACCCAUAAGCAAGCUGUGGAAACACUGAGAAAUACAGGACAGGUGGUUCAUCUGUUGUUAGAAAAGGGACAGUCUCCAGCACCUAAAGACCAUGUUUCUAUAACCCCACAAUGUACUCUUCCAAAUCCAGAUGACAAAAUGAUCAAGAAAAUAACUGCUGUCAACGAUUACAGCUUUGUCACUGAAGAGAAUACAUUUGAAGUAAAGUUAUUUAAAAAUAGCUCAGGCUUAGGAUUCAGUUUUUCUCGAGAAGAUAAUCUUACACCCGAGCAAAUGAAUACCACCAUAGUAAGAGUUAAAAAGCUCUUCCCUGGACAGCCAGCAGCAGAAAGUAGAAAAAUUGAUGUGGGAGAUGUUAUCUUGAAAGUCAAUGGAGCCUCCUUGAAAGGACUGUCUCAGCAGGAAGUCAUAUCUAUUCUCCGAGGAACAUCUCCAGAAGUAUCCCUGCUUCUCUGUAGACCUCCUCCUGGCGUGCUACCAGAAAUUGACAGUGCUCUUUUGACCCCACUGCACUCUCCAGCACAAGGACUUCCAAACAGCAAUAAAGACCCUUCUCAACCGGCAGGUGUGGAGCAAGGCAUCAACUCAGAUGAAAAUGAAAUGUCUGACAAAAACAUGAAACAAUGCACAUCCCCAUCCAAGAGAGAUAGUUAUAGUGACAGCAGUGGGAGUGGAGAAGAAGACAUGAUGAAAGUUGCAGCAAAGAAACCAAAUAUGAGCUGGAAUUCAACUUUACACCAGACUCUAAACAACAUCGCAUCACAAGGGCAAAGUCAUCAUGGAGCGCCCAAGCGUCAAGAAGAUACUAUUUCUACCAUGUUUUAUUACCCACAGAAAACACUAAAUAAACCAGAAUUUGAGGACAGUAAUCCACCCUUCCCUCUCCCACUGGAUGUGGCUGCUGGGCUGAGUUGUCAACUCCAGUCAGAAUCUGCUUCCUCGAAUUCAAUGGAUAAAUAUCAUUUACAUCAUACUUCUGAACCAACUAGACAAGAAAGCUUGACAUCGUUGAAAAAUGAUUUGGAAACCCACCUUGAAGAUUUUGAGCUGGAAGUAGAACUCCUCAUUACCCUAAUUAAAUCAGAAAAAGGAAGCCUGGGUUUUACAGUAACCAAAGGCAGUCAGAGCAUUGGUUGUUAUGUUCAUGAUGUCAUUCAAGAUCCAGCCAAAAGUGAUGGAAGACUAAAACCUGGGGAUCGGCUCAUAAAGGUUAAUGAUACCGAUGUUACAAAUAUGACUCACACAGAUGCAGUGAAUCUCCUCAGAGCUGCACCCAAAACAGUCAGAAUAGUUCUUGGACGGAUUCUAGAAUUACCCAGGAUGCCAGUGCUACCUCACUUGCUACCUGACAUUACAUUAAUGUGCACAAACGAAGAAUUGGGUUUUUCCUUAUCAGGAGGGCUUGACAGCCUUCAUCAAGUGGUGUAUAUCAGUGAUAUCAAUCCAAGGUCACCUGCAGCCAUUGAGGGUAAUCUCCAACUAUUAGACAUCAUCCAUUAUGUGAAUGGAGUCAGCACACAAGGAAUGACCUUGGAAGAAACUAAGAGAACUUUAGACAUGUCACUUCCUUCAGUGGUACUAAAAGCAACAAGAGAUGGUCUUCCAGUGGUCCCCAGUUCUAAGAGGUCUGCUAUUUCAACUCCAAAGUCAACUAAAUCCAAUGGUCAUCACAUCGUAGAACUUUGUGGAAAGCCUGCCCUCACUCCAAAUAAUUCAUUCUCCAAGGUUAAUGGGGAAGAAAUAAUUGAAGUUUUAGACCCUGAAGGAAAAUGCUCUACUUAUCAGAUGAAGGAAUCAGAAGACUUGAUUCUGUCCAAAGACUCUAAUGUACAAGAAGAUGACAUUUAUGAUGAUCCUCAAGAAGCUGAAGUUAUCCAGUCUCUUCUGGAUGUUGUAGAUGAAGAAGCCCAGAAUCUUCUAAACCAAAAUAAUGCAGCAGGAGAUGCCUAUGAUCCAGGUGCACUGAAAACCAAUGGGAAGUUAUCUGAAGAGAGAGCAGAGGAAACAGACUGUGAUGGUUCACCUAUACCUCAAGAUUUUACAGAUUCUACAAAAAUGAAUGACUGUGAAGAAUAUAAUGAAGAAAAAGUAAAAAGUGAAAGCUCAAUUCAGAAGUCCCAAGAAAGGAAGACUGAUGACGAUGAAAUAACUUGGGAAAGUGAUGAAUUGCCCAUAGAGACAAUAAACCAUGAAAAUUCUGACAAAGAUCAUCCCUUUCUGACAGUUGAGGAACUUGCUGCACUCCCCAUCGUCAAAGUGCUACCCUCGGGUAAAUACACUGGAACCAAUUUGAAAUCAGUCAUUCGAAUGUUGAGGGGUUUACUGGAUCAAGGAAUUCCUUCUAAGGAACUGGAAACUCUUCAAGAAUUAAAACCUUUAGAUCAGUGUCUAAUCGGGCAAACUAAGGAAAACAGAAAGAAGAACCGAUAUAAAAAUAUACUUCCCUAUGAUGCUACAAGAGUGCCUCUUGGAGAUGAAGGUGGAUAUAUCAACGCCAGCUUCAUUAAGAUACCAGUGGGGAAAGAAGAAUUCGUUUACAUUGCCUGCCAAGGCCCUCUCCCUACAACUGUUGGAGAUUUCUGGCAGAUGAUUUGGGAACAAAAUUCAACAGUGAUAGCCAUGAUGACCCAAGAAGUAGAAGGAGAAAAAAUCAAAUGUCAGCGUUAUUGGCCUAACAUCCUAGGCAAAACCACAAUGGUCAAUGACAGACUUCGGCUGGCUCUUGUGAGACUGCAGCAGCUGAAGGGCUUUGUAGUAAGGGCAAUGACCCUGGAAGAUAUUCAGACAGGAGAGAUACGCCAUAUUUCUCAUCUGAAUUUCACUGCCUGGCCAGACCAUGACACACCUUCUCAGCCAGAUGACUUGCUCACUUUUAUCUCCUACAUGAGACACAUUCACACAUCAGGCCCAGUCAUCACGCACUGCAGUGCGGGCAUUGGACGUUCAGGGACCUUGAUAUGCAUAGAUGUGGUUCUAGGACUAAUCAGUCAAGAUCUUGACUUUGACAUCUCUGCUUUAGUGCGUUGCAUGAGACUACAAAGACAUGGAAUGGUUCAGACAGAGGAUCAAUAUAUUUUCUGCUAUCAAGUCAUCCUUUAUGUCCUGACACGUCUUCAAGCUGAAGAAGAGCAAAAUGAGCAACCCCUGCCUCUGAAAUGACAUGAAAAGAAAAACUUUCUGGAUAGCUUCCCAUUUCUCUCUUUAACCUCCAACAGACGCCCCUGUUCUCUAUCUAAGAUAAAGAUCCCAGGGCAGCAAGUGCAUAUAAUAUCAUUAUGCUUAACUCUCCUCUACCUCAGAGGGGCAUUCUCCAUAACAAUAAUGUUGAAGUGCUGUAUUUUUACAGCUAAUUUAACCUGUGAUAAUUAUUUAAAAAAGAUUUAGCACUAACUGAACAAUGCAGAUCUUAGGGGUGAUUAAGGCAGCAUUUGAUCAUAGUGGACAUUGUUACAAAAUGCACCCAGUCUAUUUUUAACACACCAAUUCUGUUUAUAGUGAAGUUCUUUUCCAGUAUUUUAAAUAAAGUAGUUAUUUUAUAGGGGAUACUUGAAACCAGUAUUUAAGCUUUAAAUGACAAUAAUAUUGGCAUAGAGAAAAAGUAGCAAAUGUUUACUGUAUCAGUUUCUAAUGUUUACUAUAUAGAAUUUCCUGUAAUAUAUUUAUAUACUUUUUCAUCAAAAUGGAGUUAUCAGAUGUUUGUAACUGCAUCAUCUCUUUUUAUGUAUCAUCUCACCUUGUAAAUAAACACACACCUUUAAACAAGCCAGAAGUGAUUGCCAACAAAUUAUACAUUUUACUG